AAUCCCUUUUUUUCAUUGUGUUCAGUUGACUGUCAGAAGAAGGCUGGAUUUUGGGGGUCUCUGUUCUCUGUCUCUUUUGUGGGUCUUGACGGAACCGUUCAAUUGUAAUCAACUGAAUCAGAGUCUGGAAUGCAAGAAGAGCUUUCCGAAAUCAAAGGGAAUCCUGGCAAAGAGGGAACUACGUAUUAACAAGUGGAAGAAAGUGAAGCGGAUCAAGGUGUAAUGAGAGGGCCUUUCUUAAGCAGAUGAUGGCAGACGUUGAGACGUCGUAUUCAGAGUUUAUAAACUGUGACCGUACGGGUCGCAGGAAUGCUGUGCCGGAUAUUAAAGGAGAGGGGGUAGUGGCGGGUAUCAGUGAAAUUACCAAAGACAUGGCUCAGAUGGACCUGAAAGCCACUGAGGGAGAAACCUCUGGAUCUCCAGCCCCUGAAGUGGAGGCAUCCGGGAGCCAGGACAAUCCAGGGCAUGAAGGACCAUCAUAAAGCUCAAGAAUGACCUGAAGGAGAGAAGAGCUUGGGGAGUUCUCUCCUUUAUCAUAACUAAUUCUCCUCAUCUUUGCUCAUCGGGUAGCAGUGAAGAGCUCCUCUCAUAGACUGCCAUUAAGGUGGAUGUCCACCCAUUGCAUGCUGUUGAGUGCCUAAGAGAUAGAUGGAGAAGACACUGCCUUUGCAAACACUACUACAUGGGAUGGAUAUGUUGAGGACUGGCUUGAGCAUUCAUUGACAGUGCCAAGUGAUGGAAUUUUUUUUUUUUUUUUAAUUACAGAUCAAACAGAAGCACAGAUAUUUUGAUAUAUUUCCAUCCCAAACUAAACUGUUUAUUAGGAAUGUGAGUUAUUGGUGAAAUACUCAGACCUACUGUAUACUAUAAAUAGUACCAAAUAUAGCCUUUUUGUUACAGUCCAUGCACCGAUGACUUAUUAUUAGUUAUUUUUUAUUUUUAAAUACAAUGACCACUACAAUUGAAGUAGGUCUGAUUAUAAACAAGAAUUCCUGAAUGUUUCCUAAGGUCAGAAGAGAAUUGUUUCUAUACUUCAUUACUUAAUGUAAUACAAAUGUAACAUAAUUAACCAUAUUUAUGUAGUAUCUGAUUUAUUGUUUUCUGCUUCUGGCAUUGUUUAGUGGUUUUUGUCAAACUCUCAAAAACACUUGUUGAAACACUGCAUUUAUAUUGUGACUAUAAAUGUAAGUACCUUAUAAAUAAACAG